CCGGGGACCGGAGCAGGAUCCCCGGAUCCCGGACUGCAGGUUGUCCCGGUCGGUGUGUGACGUUUCCCGGAGCUGCGGGGCCACCGGAGAGAAGCAGCAGCGGCAGGGGGGUACGCUGAGUUCGGAGCACGGAGCGGCCCCGCAGGGCGGAGCAGGAGCAGGUGGGCGGUGUCUGACUGCAGGUCACCUGAGAUAAAAGAGGCUACUCGCCGCUGGCCCUCCCUCCCGUCCCUCCAGCUGCUGUGUGGGGUUUUUACUAAAUUUGGUUUAAAUCGUCCGUUUCGGAGGAACUUUUCUUGUCUGGAAGAAUGAGCGCCUACACCGUGUCGCUGCCCGGCCCCGGACCCUGGGGCUUCAGGCUGCAGGGGGGGAAAGACUUCAACAUGCCACUGACCAUCUCCAGGAUCACUCCGGGCAGCAAGGCGGCGCAGGGUAACCUGGUCCAAGGUGAUGUCAUCGUCGCCAUCGAUGGCGUCAGCACCGAGGGGAUGACUCACCUGGAGGCCCAGAACAAGAUCAAGAUGGCCAACUACAACCUGGCGCUCACCAUGUCCAAGUCGAAGCGUCUGAUGUCGACACCGAGAAUCGAAGCAACUAUUCCCAUAAUCCCUCACCAGCAGGUUUUCGGCCCCGCUGCUCCCAACGCCGGCUUCAACCCCGGCGUGCUGAAGGACACCGCCAUCGCCACCCAUAAGCCCAUAGAGGUGACGGGCCCGGGAGGCAAGGCCACCAUCAUCCACGCCCAGUACAACACGCCCAUCAGCAUGUACUCGCAGGACGCCAUCAUGGACGCCAUCGCAGGACAAACGCAGGGCAAAGGGCCCGAAGCCGGUACUGUCCCAGUUAAAGAUGGUCUUGUAGACUCUCCGGUCUAUCAGGCCGUCCAGAGUGCGGAGAAGGACCAGGACCCGGGUGAAUGGGGUCGCCGCAGCGCCAACAUGCAGUCCAAGUCCUUCCAGGCGCUGGCCCACAUGACCGGAACCGACUCCUUACCGGAGGAGGAGGAGGAGGAGGAGGUGCUGAGGAGGAGCAGCCCUACUGAGCAUGCUCCAGCCUCUGCUGGCUCCGCCCCUGCCGCUGCCGUGCAGCCUCUGGACCCCUCCCCCUUAUCUUCUGACCCCGCCUCUCACAGCCAAUACAUUCAGCCGCCUGCCAUGCAUCAGGCUCCACAAGCCCCGCCUCCACAGCAGUACCAGCCAAUGCCGCAGCACCCACCCACGCAGCAGUACCAGCACCCACCACCCACGCAGCAGUACCAGCACCCACCCAUGCAGCAGUACCAGCAACCACCCAUCCAGCAGACCCUGCCCACUCAGCAGAGCUCUAUUCAGAUGCCUGUUGGCUCCGCCCCCCCUCACAAGGUGGUCAGCACCGCCUGCAUCUACCCCUCCCAGCCAGCUCAGGCUCCGGCUCCAGCCCCUCCUCAGCCCCACCAUGCAGCCGCCGCCCCAGCCCCGCCCCAGGCCGCGGCUGCCGGCGGCUCCUCCAACAGACCCCCCUGGGUGACCGACACCAACUUCGCCGAUAAGUACGACCCCGGUAAGAUGACCACCUCCUCCAUGAAGGUGCAGCCGCUGCCCCAGUCUGUUCAUCCUGCACCCGCAUACAUCCCUGGUCCCGCGGCCGCCAAUCCAGGCCCCGCCCACCCCACUCCCAGCCCCGCCCCCAUAAACCCUAGCCCGGCCCCGUUCCCUCCUGUGGCGAGGGGCGUGGCCCAGAGGGCGGAGAGGUUUUCGGCCAGCACCCGUACCCCUCUCUGUGGAGCCUGCAACAACAUCAUCAGGGGCCCCUUCCUGGUGGCCCUCGGUCGCUCCUGGCACCCGGAGGAGUUUAACUGUCACUACUGCAACAUGUCUCUGGCUGACGUCAGCUUCGUGGAGGAACAGAACAGCGUUUACUGCGAGAACUGCUACGAGGAGUUCUUCGCCCCGACCUGCGCCCGCUGCAACACCAAGAUCAUGGGGGAAGUGAUGCACGCUCUGCGGCAGACGUGGCACACCACCUGCUUCGUGUGCGCGGCCUGCGGCAAAGCGUUCGGGAACAGCCUCUUCCACAUGGAGGACGGAGAGCCGUACUGCGAGAAAGAUUAUAUCGCUCUGUUCAGCACUAAGUGUCAUGGCUGUGACUUCCCAGUUGAAGCUGGUGAUAAAUUCAUCGAGGCUCUGGGUCACACCUGGCACGACACCUGCUUCGUCUGUGCGGUUUGCCAUUUGAACCUUGAGGGCCAACCUUUCUACUCAAAGAAAGACAAACCUCUGUGCAAGAAGCACGCUCACGCCAUCAACGUGUAGACCCGCCCCUUGGAGGAGGAGGAGGAGGAGGAGGAGAGGGCGGGGCAACCCGAAGCGGACACCACCACUGCCACCAACAACUUUCACCAUGGAUGUAUUAUAAGAGCUGGAUACCAGACUAAAUAUGGCGCCCAUUCAAGUCAAUAAGGACUGCUCAGCUGGCGCAUACGGCCAAAAAAAGUUUCUAGCUUCCAGGUUUGCCGUUGUGCGACCCACUUAAUAUUCACAGUAGUGUUUCCCCCGCUAGCCCCGCCCACGAGUUCCCGCUCGGCCUUUACAUUGUGAUAUUUAAAUCGCUUUUCUUGGCUCAAGGAAAGUUUUACAAAUAUAAAACCUCCCCUGGAUCAAAA